GCGCGAGACAGAAUGGAGAGAUAUGGCGAAAGAGUUCGCGCGACUGUAUCGGUAGCGCGUGCGUACGUGUCUGUGCGCGUGUCAGGGCAAGUGUGUACUCUUCACGGGCAACGGGAAAUAUGAGUUGAAUGUGAGGCAGCAGCUGAUGCGCCGGUACGGGGAUGCUGCCACCGCCGCCGCCGCCGCCGGGUGCCGUGUAGGAUGGUUCUUCGCUUUUUCUUUCCUCCGGACGCUCCUUCACCUCUCCCCGCACACGGAGAAGAGAUUUUUGCCGCUGCCGCGAGAAGAAGAAAAGGCUUGUUACCGGCACCGGCACUGCCUCCCUUUUCUCGCUGCAAGUCCGAAGCAUUAUGACCGAAGGAGCCCACCCGGUAUGCGUCUCGUUUAAGGACACUUUUUUACCAGCAGCGCAAGGAGGAAUAUGGAACUUGAUCGGCGUCUUUUCCGCGUUUAAUGCGCCCCCGGGAAAUAACAUUAAUACUACCACUACUACUAAUAAUAAUAAGAAAAAAAACUGACGAGGUGUAUGUUUGGAAGGGGGGCGUCCGGAGAGAGCGCAGGCUUUGGGAUGUAAUGGUGGUAAAAGGGAAAAGGCUGAGCACUUACUGAGGAUAAAAAGAAAACCGAGGUGGGGGGAAAAUGCAGUUUGAGACAUUGCGUCAGUUCUGUAGCUCGGUUUUAUCACAUUUCAACGGGGCUUUCACGGCACCUCAGAACAUCUUGCAGACGGAGCUGUUCGAGCAGGCGCUGAGCAACAUCGGGAAACGAAGCCCGUCUGCAUCCAGGGAUCCAAACCAAAAAUACGACCAAAGGGAGGGGGGCGACCACUCACAGUAUGCCCCGACGGACGGCGGCAUGCCUAGAUCACCGUCUGACUAUGGGGAGGACCCUCGGCGGGCUCCGCGGGGCCCACACAUGUACUCAGACAUGGAUGCAGCGCGAAUGGGCUAUCGGGACCGUCGAGGUCCCGGUCGCUGGCACUCACAGGAAUACCCACUCGACCAGGAGCUAGAUGGACCGCCCAGUGAGUAUGACCUCCAGCGGCAGCGCCAGGAAGAGUUCCAGGCACGCUAUCGCAGCGAUCCCAACCUGGCACGCUACCCUGUUAAGCCGCAGCCCUAUGAGGAGCAGAUGAGGAUGCACGCUGAAGUGGGCCGGCUAAGGCACGAGCGUCGCCACAGCGACGUCUCCCUGGCCUACACGGAGCAAGAUGAGCCCAGCCCCAUCCGGCUGUCGCGUCAGCUUCUCACUGAGCGCCGGCCGCCUAUGGUGGGACAGCGCUCCUACUCCGUUGACCGGUCCUCCCCGGGGCCAAUGGGCCCUGGCCUCGGAGGCCACAGAGGAAACCACAGCCCCCCAACGCCACACCGUAGUCCCGUUCUGGGUGACCGGUCGGGGGACCUGCGAAGAGGAGACCUGGGGGUAGGUGGGGAUAUGAUGAGGAGGCCGCAGCACCACUUGGACCCCAGUUCAGCUGUCCGCAAGACCAAGAGGGAGAAAAUGGAGAGCAUGUUGAGGAACGACUCUCUUAGCUCAGACCAGUCGGAGUCGGUGCGCCCGCCGCCCCCCACCCACAAAACCAAAAAGGGAGGGAAGAUGAGGCAGGUGUCACUGAGCAGCUCGGAGGAGGAGCUGGCCACCACGCCGGAGUACACCAGCUGUGAGGAUGUGGAGAUAGAGAGUGAGUCAGUUAGUGAAAAAGGAGAUUUGGAUGGCCAUUGGUGGGACCAUGCGUCAUGGCAUAGCAGUGAGGCUUCCCCAAUGUCUUUGCACCCAGUGACGUGGCAGCCGUCCAAAGAUGGGGAUCGCCUAAUAGGGCGCAUUUUGCUCAACAAGCGCAUGAAAGAUGGAAGUGUGCCUCGAGACUCAGGUGCUCUGCUCGGUCUGAAGGUGGUGGGAGGCAAGAUGACAGAAUCUGGUAGACUUUGUGCUUUCAUCACUAAAGUGAGGAAAGGAAGUCUAGCAGACACUGUUGGACACCUCAGACCAGGAGAUCAGGUGCUGGAGUGGAACGGGAAGCUUUUACAAGGAGCCACAUUUAAAGAAGUUUACAAUAUCAUACUAGAAUCCAAGCCGGAGCCGCAGGUGGAGCUGGUGGUCUCGCGGCCUAUAGGAGAUAUUCCAAGGAUACCAGACAGCACACACUCACAACUGGAAUCAAGUUCGAGUUCUUUCGAGUCUCAGAAGAUGGACCGUCCUUCCAUCUCUGUCACAUCUCCUAUGAGUCCCAGCAUGCUGAGGGACGCCCCCCAGUACCUGUCAGGACAGCUCUCAAGCCAAAGCCUUAGUAGAAGAACACCGCCUUUUGCCCCUAGGGUCCAGGUCAAACUGUGGUAUGACAAAGUGGGCCAUCAGCUAAUCGUCACCAUCCUGGGUGCCAAAGACCUGCCACCCAGGGAAGACGGCCGGCCCAGGAACCCUUACGUGAAAAUCUACUUCCUCCCUGACAGAAGUGACAAAAGCAAGAGGAGAACAAAAACAGUAAAGAAAUCCUUAGAGCCCAAAUGGAACCAGACCUUUAUGUACUCGCCGGUGCACCGGCGGGAGUUUCGGGAACGCAUGCUGGAGAUCACAUUGUGGGACCAAGCCAGGGUGAGGGAGGAGGAGAGCGAAUUCCUGGGAGAGAUCCUGAUUGAGCUGGAGACGGCUCUUCUCGAUGACGAGCCACACUGGUACAAGCUACAAACACACGACGUGUCAUCUAUCCCACUCCCACGUGCCUCCCCGAACGCACAGCGCCGGCAGCUCCACGGAGAGAGUCCAACGCGGCGGCUGCAGAGAUCCCAAAGGAUAAGUGACAGUGAGAUCUCAGACUAUGAUUGUGAAGACGGCGUUGGGGUAAUAACAGACUACCGGCCAAAUGGCAGAGACUUCCAGAGCUCCACGUUGUCGGUCCCCGAGCAGGUCAUGUCUUCUAACCACUGCUCUCGGUCAGCUGAUAUAAACAGGGUGCGGUCGCGCUCUCCCAGCGUUCCCCCACCCUCCAGCCAUUUUCUCACCCUACCUCGAACCAGACAUACUCAGCCUAUUGAUGACCCUCAGAAGGACCCCAGCCGCAACCAUCGUGUGUAUCCGAUCUGCCGCGAGGAAGCAGUCAGGUUACUGCGUUCCACUAGGAUGACCCGUGCCUAUUCAGAGGGCGCCUACUCCUCCGACUAUGACUACGAGAGGAGCCACGGAGCCAUGGAUAGACACGAGUAUCACAGCAGGUCCCGCUCUGCAGACCAGCGGCCCACUAUAGAGCGCCCCACGUCCCGCUCGCGCUCCACUGAACGCCCCCACGACUCUUCGCUCAUGAGGUCCAUGCCUUCUCUGCCAUCUGGGAGGUCCGCCCCCCCCUCACCUGCCUUGACGAGGGCACAUCCGCGUAGUGGAUCCGUCCAGACCAGUCCCACAAGUACCCCUAUGUCCAGUAGACGAGGUCGGCAACUCCCACAGCUUCCACCCACAGGCAAAGACAGAAAAGAUGGAGACGAAGGAACAGAGCCUUGUGAAGAAGACACGGACUCACCAAGUUGGACGAACUCAGGUAUGGACAUGGAGGAGAGGACCAGACAGAUGAAACUAAAGAUGAACAAGUACAAGCAGGGAGCUGGUUCUGACUCGAGACUGGAGCAGGACUACCACAAGCGUUCAGGCAGAGAUCCACGGGGCUCCGACAACUUGUCAGCCAAGUCGUCGGACAGUGAUGUAAGCGACGUGUCCGCUGUGUCGAGAACCAGUAGUGCCUCUCGGUUCAGCAGCACGAGCUACAUGUCUGUCCAGUCAGAAAGGCCGCAAGGAAACCGCAAGAUCCGUGACUUUGCAUCCAAAAUGAAAAACAGGCAGAUGGGCUCGUCGGGUGGGAUAAACAUGACCAAGAGCACAAGCAUCAGUGGCGACAUGUGUAACCUGGAGAAGACGGACGGCAGUCAGUCGGACACGGCGGUUGGCACGGUAGGCACUGACGACAAGAAGAGGCGCUCCAGCAUUGGUGCCAAAAUGCAGGCCAUGGUUGGCAUGUCGCGCAAGAGCCGGAGUACCUCUCAACUCAGCCAAACAGAAGCGGGAGGUAAAAAGUUGCGCAGCACUAUCCAGAGGAGCACAGAGACAGGCCUGGCGGUGGAGAUGAGAAGCAGGAUGACUCGGCAGGCCAGCAGGGAGUCCACAGAUGGAAGCAUGAACAGCUACAGCUCCGAGGGAAAUCUCAUCUUCCCUGGUGUGAGGCUGUCCUCAGAUGCCCAGUUCAGUGACUUCCUGGAUGGUCUUGGCCCUGCUCAGCUGGUUGGGCGACAGACAUUGGCUACUCCCCCUAUGGGAGACAUCCAGAUUUCCAUGGCGGAGAAGAAAGGUGCACUGGAGGUGGAGGUCAUCCGAGCCCGUGGCCUUGUGGGAAAACCAGGUUCCAAGGCACUGCCAGCACCGUAUGUAAAGGUCUACCUUUUGGAAAACGGAGUCUGCAUAGCCAAAAAGAAAACUAAAGUAGCAAGAAAAACCUUGGAUCCUCUUUAUCAGCAGCAACUGCCGUUUGAGGAGAGUCCAGGAGGGAAGGUUUUACAGGUCAUCGUAUGGGGUGACUAUGGACGUAUGGACCAUAAAUCAUUCAUGGGAGCAGUUCAGAUACUGUUAGAUGAGCUGGACCUGUCCAACAUGGUGAUUGGCUGGUACAAGCUCUUUCCUCCGUCCUCACUGGUGGACCCUACUCUGGCCCCACUGACAAGAAGAGCUUCCCAAUCCUCACUGGACAGUUUCUCUCGAUCAUAGCAGCGUGUGGACUGAUAGCGUUGUUGUAGCAGCCAGUGUUGCGAUUACAGGUCACGCCCCCCCGGUUACACUGCAUGCUUGAUGUUGUGUCUUCUGAGCCUGUUUCUAGGGGUGCAAACGUGAUCCUGUGUUUUGAGCAAAAACGUCGCGCACACUGUGCACGUGGCAAAGCGUAUCGCGAGCGCCUGGUAGCAGGGAUUGCCAGGUGUUGUUGUUUGGAGGAAGCCGGAAUGAACUCCUUAGCACGAGGAAUCCGUCAAUUCCAGGUUUUCAUCCAAUUCGAAGCCAUGGGGGUCAACACUGGGAACCUCUGAAUGAGUUCUACAGAAGCCCUUUUCGAAUGAAAAAUCUGUGUGUUGCUUGAUUUUAUUUUUUUUCCUGUUUCGUUUUCAUUUCUUUUAUUUACUUUUUUUCUCUAAAUGUCAGUGUAAUUGUAUCUGAAGGGGGUGACAGUGUUUCUAACCAGAUGCUUGGUCACGCCACGCCAACAGACCUAGCUGUGUAGAUGGAGCUUUUGAGACCAUCACUUUGGGUGAUGUGUGUCCCAGCUUGUAACCACACUCCCACAGACCCCAAAAAGAAAAACCCUGCAUACUCUACAUAUAUCUACCCGAUCAACCCAUACUGGUAAAGCACCAUAAAAGAUUAAUCAAAGGCCACUUUAAAGUGGCUGCCCUCAACACCCCCCCCACCCAAAAAAAUAAAUAAAAACAGUAACAAUCCAAACUCCAUGAAAAGAUGUACAAUCUUACCAUAUUUCUUUCUCUGUUGAUAUAUUGUAUGAAAAUUAAAUGAUUUUUCUUUUCCCUUGUUUUUUAGUUUCUUUGCAUGGACACAAAUUUAGCUGAAUAAAAAAAGAAAAAGAAAAUUAUUUUCUUGAGGCUGUAACUUGCAAAAAAAGAUGAAAAAUAAACAGAAUCAGCCAUUUUCAACAAUUUAUAUUAUUUUUAAAGAAAAUUUUCACUAGUGCAUGGUUUUCAAGGGGAGUGAAUGCAACACCGUGACUGAAAAAAAAGACAUUGUUUGUCAUUCUUUAGAUCAUUCAUGAAUCUGCAUUUUGCAGACAUGCAGAAAAGGGGAACUUAAGAAUUAUUUAACAGAAAAUGUUUAUGUGACAAAAAGUGAUAAUGAAAAUAAAUGUAAAUGAUUUAUUUCAUUGUAAAAGGCUAAUGCCUUAUAAAGAUAAACAUAAUGUGCAAAUUGUACAUGUUUCUCUUUUUCUUCCUUGUCCCAGGGUACUUCUCAUCGUACUAUUCAUUGCGACCAUUGUUCAGUCCCCUGACAUCGUCCAGAUUUUAGGACUGUUGGUUACUUUACAGUACUGUAUCGUUUCACUAUGUUUGUUUUCCUCCUUCUUUUGGAUUUGGAUUUGUUUAACAAGCAUGUUGAAAAGGGUUUUCUGCAACAUGGCUUGGGCACACCUUACAGUAACUCAGCAUGUUUUGAUAAAGAUGAUAUUUGGAAUUUUUGCAAUUUCUUGUACAGUGCAUGUCAACUUCAUUACUUUUCUCCCUCACCUUAAAUUGAGCUCUAUGGCAAAUUAGUUCUUGGUCUUCCUGGGCCAUUUAUUGAAGUUUUAACAGAACAUUCCACCCCACCCCAAAGUCACAUUUUCUUUCAGGUUUUUGAGGAAAAAAAAGAAGAAAAAAAAUACGACAAGGAAAAUAUUUUAUAUUUAAUGGAGGCUGGCGAAACAGUUGUGAUUGCAAGUGUAUUUUAUUUCAGUAUUGUUGACGAACAUGCAAAAAUAAUCUGUACUGGUACAGCAAAGAGGUCUAUACCGAAUCAAGAGACGGCAAACAUGCACGACAUGCGUGUUGCCAUGGUUCAAUUUUACAUCACUGUUUGUGAAGAUGAGCUAAUCACAAGUUGAAAUAAUAAGGGAUAUUGCCACAGAAUUUUUUUUUCUUGUUUUAAUGAAAAUGAAAUUACUUUACUAUAUUUUUGUUAGUUUUAUUUAAAAGCCAAGACCAGUUUAUUUUUUAUUUUCUAUUUUUAGUAAUUAACAAUACUUCUCGUGUCUGGGAAGUACAUGAAUCUUAUAGUUGCAGUAUGUCUGAAUGAAACUGAAUUGAGGCAUUGUUCCUUUUCCACGUGAAGAUAAUGCAUUUUAAUGUCAGAGAAAAACCUUGUCGCUUUAACAAGCUACAGUAUAUAUUUUCAUUUUCAUUGUACAUACCUUUAGAUGUCAGAAUUUGAGUAAACAAGCUACCACAAAUAGACUGAUAGAUUCUUUUGGAAGAGGAAAAAUGCCUCAUGAUGACAAAGACAUGUUAUUUAUCCUUUUGAAUGCCUUUUCAUUUUCUCUUUUUGGUGCAAUGUGUUAAUGCCAAGGCUAUGUCUUGGUUAAGUAUGGUUGAGUACAGAGAUUUAUGUAAGUUAUUUUUCAAAUUAAAAAUAAAAAAAAUGAUAUUACACUGA